ACAGAGCCGAGAGUGUGGGACCGAAAGAGUCAGCUCAUCACUGUGGUGUUAGCGGCUUUGCACUGACUCCCCGAGCUCUCUGUAACACUUUACAUUCAUUAAUAAGAGAGAGAGAGAGAGAGGGAGGUGCGUUAACAGUCCCGCUCUGUCGGAGCUUUAUCACGUGACACCAGGCGGACGUAAACAAAAGAAAGGCGCUAACGCCGUUAGCUUUUCUCUUGUGUGCCUGAGCAGAGACUCUUCUGUUGUGUUGUUUUAUGUGAGCUGUGGCAGUAACAAUGCCUUCAGUUCAGUAUCUGAGAGAGUUUAUCAACGAGCGACUAACUGCUGCUGCUGAACAAAUAUUCUUGGAGUUUGAAAAAACGAUCGUCCAGUACGAGGAAGAGAUCGACCGUCAGCGCAGACUGCUGGAUAUCACCUGGAAACCCCAAAUCAAGCUGCACAGGACAGAACUCCCACAGCAGCCUGUCUGUAAGGACGAGGAGGUUCUCCCUGAGCGGCAGCUCUGGAACCAGGAGAGGAACUCUCUGCACCAGGAGGAACCAGAACUUCCACAUAUUAAAGAGGAACAGGAGGAACUCUGCACCAGUCAGGAGGGUGAGCAGGUUGGACUCAAGGAGGAGACUGAUACCUUUAUGGUGACUGCUGCUGAGGAAAGAGACCACCAUGACCCAGAAGCAAACAGUAACCAGCUCCCUUCUCAAACCUGUCCUAUAGAUGAGAGCCAAAAUCACAGAGGAAGUAGGAAUUUAGACUCAGGGACAAAUAGUAACUUAGAAAGUCAGAGUAAUUCUGACACAGGUAAAGAGUCUUUAACAUGUAAUCUUUGUGGAAAAUCCUUUAAGAAUAAGUACAAUAUGACUCGACAUCAGAGAAUCCACACAGGUGAGAAGCCAUAUUCUUGUGAAACGUGUGGGAAAAAGUUUGGUAUGUCAUCAAUACUUAAAGGCCAUUUGAUUACCCAUACAGGUGAGAAACCGUAUUCUUGUAAAAUAUGUGGGAAAACUUAUACGCGAAGCAGUGGUGUGACUGUACACAUGAGAAUGCAUACAGGUGAAAGACCGUACCAUUGUAAAACAUGCAGGAAAGUGUUCUCAAGUAGUAGUCAUUUAUCGGCAGACAGAAGAAUCCACACAGGUGAGAGACCGUAUAAUUGUAAAACAUGUGGGAAAAUGUUCAAAUCCAGCAGUCAUAUAUGGCGACACAUGAAAACGCACACGGGUGAGAGACCGUAUCAUUGCAAAACAUGUAGGAAAAUGUUCACAUCUAGCAGUCAUUUAUGGCGCCACAUGAAAACUCACACAGGUGACAAGUCGUAGUCUUGAAACAUUUAGAGAACAAUGUCCGAGAAGCCAAGCGUGGAAGAAUAUCUGAGAAUUUAUACAGGUUCACAGGAGUGCUUUCAGAGUUUAGAUACCUUUAAAUACCAUGUUUAUCAUGUAUAAGGCAGAUUUAACCCUGUAAGACCCAAUCCAUCAAAAAUAACCAGAAUAUGACCAGAAUAUGGGGGCUGAGAUGUUUAAUAACCCUUAUAACAAAA